CCAGAGUGUGUGCACAACUUACAAGGACCGAGGGCACUGUGUUAGCUGAGCAUGGCCGCUGUUCAUCGUCUGGUUAUUGUUCGCCAUGGGGAGAGCUCCUGGAACCAGGAGAACCGCUUUUGCGGCUGGUUUGACGCAGACCUCAGUGAGAAGGGUAUGGAGGAGGCCAAGCGGGGAGCUCAGGCCAUCAAGGAGGCUGGCAUGAAGUUUGACAUCUGCUACACCUCCGUGCUUAAACGUGCCAUCAAGACCUUGUGGACCAUCAUGGAAGGUACGGACCAGAUGUGGCUGCCCGUAAUCCGUACUUGGCGCCUCAAUGAGCGUCACUACGGGGGCCUCACCGGUCUCAACAAGGCCGAGACAGCCGCCAAGCACGGUGAGGAGCAGGUGAAGAUCUGGCGUCGCUCCUUCGACAUCCCACCACCAUCCAUGGACAAGGACCACCCCUAUCACUCCAUCAUCAGUGAGUCCAGACGCUAUAAGAACCUGAAGGCUGGUGAGCUGCCUACAUGCGAAUCCCUGAAGGACACCAUUGCUCGCGCCCUGCCUUUCUGGAACGACGUCAUCGCUCCUGAAAUCAAAGCCGGAAAGAACGUUAUCAUCGCAGCCCACGGCAACAGUCUCCGCGGUAUCGUCAAACACUUAGAAGGCAUGUCCGAUGCCGCCAUCAUGGAGCUAAACCUGCCCACUGGAAUCCCCAUUGUGUACGAGCUGGACGCCAACCUGAAGCCUGUGAAGCCAAUGUCCUUCCUGGGUGAUGAGGAGACCGUGAAGAAGGCCAUGGAGGCUGUGGCUGCCCAGGGCAAAGUGAAGAAGUAAGGUCUGGCAGAUGAGAGACUGUGUCCUUACCUCCCAUGCAUCCGUCUUUGUCGUCCAUUCCAACAGGGGGGGUCACUUUUUAAUGGUUAGCCUUGUUUGCUCCACCUGUCAGUUGGAGCAAACAGUCAGUCUAAAAAUAACUGCACAUCCUUCAGUUGUUUUAAGUUGUGUUCAAGCCCACCACCGUAGCACAAACAAUAAAGAAACCAUGUUUUUA